AUGAAGGCCAAYCUCGUGGACUUACAGAAGAAGUUGGAGGAGCUGGAGCUGGAUGAGCAGCAGAAGAAGCGCCUGGAAGCUUUCCUGACCCAGAAAGCCAAAGUUGGGGAGCUGAAGGAYGAUGACUUCGAGAGGAUCUCGGAGCUGGGGGCUGGCAAUGGCGGGGUGGUCACCAAAGUGCAGCACAAACCCUCAGGGCUCAUCAUGGCACGGAAGGUAMUGAGGGCUGGGGGAUGCUGGGGAGUGUCUGGAGCUCUCUUACCUUUGGCAGGGCUGGGUUUGGUUGGAUUCUCUCUGCAUUUGCACCUUCUCCACCUCACCUGGCUGGGGGAAAAGCUCUUCCCUGCCCAGCUCUGCUCUCAUCCAACCUUUGGAUUCCUGCAGGUGCUGCGGGGCCUGGCCUACCUGCGGGAGAAGCACCAAAUCAUGCACAGAGAUGUGAAACCCUCCAACAUCCUGGUGAAUUCCCGRGGGGAGAUCAAGCUCUGUGAUUUCGGGGUCAGCGGGCAGCUCAUUGACUCCAUGGCCAAUUCCUUUGUGGGAACUCGGUCCUACAUGUCUGUAAGUUCCUUUUUGAUGGGUUUUUUUUGGGGUAAUUUGGGUUCAUCUCAGCUCUGUUCCCAUCCCCAUCAGGGCUGUUCCUGGAACCCCUUCUCCCUCUCUCCACAGCCUCCUCCCAAGCUGCCCAGCGGAGUCUUCACGCAGGAUUUCCAGGAGUUUGUAAAUAAAUGCUUAAUUAAGAACCCAGCGGAACGAGCGGAUCUGAAGAUGCUGAUGAGCCACACGUUCAUCAAGC